CCCCCGCGGGCUUGUUACAAUAUGUAAUUUGCCCUAAUAAUAAUACUAAUAAUAAUAAUAAUAAUAAUAAAAUGAAUUAGAUUUCAGAGAGUGUUGUUCAGGCAAAGACUAUGGCACCUCCAAAGCCAUCGAAGGCUCAUUCUUGGGUGGGUACAGCGCAAGAGAAACAAAGGGAGAUGUGUCUGUGAUCAAGCACUUGGUAGCAAAUGGUUCGUAGCUUUGCAAUCGAGGCCUUCUGUGUUGGGAAAGCCAGAAGCUUGGAGAGAUUGUGGGAUGUUGGUGGCCAGGACAAGAUUCGUCCAUUGUGGAGGCACUAUUUCCAGAACACACAGGGUCGCAUUGUUAUGGUGGAUAGCAAUGACAGAGAUCGAGUUGUGGAGGCAAGGAAUGAAGUGCAUCGCAUGUUGAAGGAGGACUUGGACGAGCUGGGAACCGAAGUAGGGUCCCAAGACGAAAUCGGAGGGUCGGGAUGGUGGAGGGGAGGGGUUUACGGCGGCGAUGGACUCGACAAAGUCGUUCUUGCACUUGUGACAGACCAUGUCGGAGAGGUUGGGUAGGGUUUCGAUGGAGACCCGUUUGUUGCAGUGGUAUCACCAGUACUAUAACGGAUCAGGAUCCGAACACGAUUGGGUUGUCUUUAGCUGGGUUUGAUU